AUGACAAAGAGUUCUCUGCCAUUUCUGCACGGUGGAGGCUUUACAAAGCAAAUACCUGUUUUAUCUGCAUUCAACAGUGAAGAUGGAGGACCUCACUGCCUGCAACAGAUGGAGCCCACCCAUGUUCCUCUUGUUGCUCCAAUUCUGUCGGGUCAAGCUCAUUUGGGUUGGACCAGCUUACCCGGUUUAAUUUCCAGGACCAUCUUAUCUUUCAACCUCUUCCUGGAUUGGGAUAAGAGCAACAACUUGUAG